AUGGGUUCACCGUCGUCUUCUGAUUCUUACCUGACAUUGAUGGAACAAAUUCAUGUGAUGGUUGUGGAUCAUGAGCCUGAAGAACUUCUUAGCACUGCCAAUAUGCUUGAAUUAUGCCAAUAUAGAGUUACUAUUGUCGAACUUGCUUCUGCUGGAAUAACUACACUGAUGAAUGGAAGUCAAAAGUUUGAUAUUAUUCUGAUGGACAUAAACUCCCCCGAUCUCCAUGGCUUCAAGCUCGUCGAGCAAGCAACCAACAUGGGCAUCCCCGUCAUUGUAAUGUCCGAUGCUGCCAAUGCGCUCAUAGCCUCAAGAGCUUUACAAAAUGGAGCCCUUCUUUGCAUCAAGAAACCAACUACAAUGGACGUGUUGUCGUUCUUAUGGCAAUGUGUGUUGAAGAAGAAAAUAAAUGAAAAUUUGAGAACUGAAUGUAGGGAAAUCGAGCCAAAUGCUAAUAAUGUUGCAAGUGGAGAAUUCAAUAUGGUGGCAGUAAAGAACAACAAGGGCAAGAAGAAAAUGAAAGGAAGAAAACAUAACAAUACUAACGAAGAACGCGAAGAACAUUUAGAAAAUCAAGAAAUUUUGAAAAACAACGAUGAUAACAAUAAGAAAAGACCCGUGACAGAAUGGACACAAGAAUUACAUGAAAAGUUUGUCGCUGCGGUUGAAACACUUGGUGAAGGAAAGUGUUUUCCUAAAGAGAUUCUUGAUCUAAUGGAUGUUCCCGGGCUUACAAGAAUGCAAGUCGCCAGUCAUCUUCAGAAAUGUCGGAACAACAACUGGCGCCCACCGGAGCUGAGGAAACCGCCGCCGAUGCCGGAGCCGGAAAAUGUCCAAGCGGCGUCCGGCGACGGAGCACAGGGAAAGUCGAGAAGGUUCGGAAGCAUGCCCCGACUAAAAAAACCGGCGCCGGCUUACGGACAUGUCCAAUUAAUCCAGCUGGCCCGGCCUGAAAAUGCUGUCCCUGUGAUGACUCUCGCCCCCAAUUAUGGCGGCUCGUCGUCAAACCCGCCGCCGCUGUCUGAAGAUCACAGCUUCUUCUCUUUCCAGGACAUGGACUGUUGUCUGGUUCAGGGCCUCCCUGGAUUGCAAUUGGCGGCGCCGCCGUCUGCCCCGCCGGCCGGCUACAGCUAUCAGCACUUCGAUCCGCAGAUUUAUCAGAAUGCUGGCGGUGCAGCACAGUGGGAAGCUUCUGGAAGCUUCGGGAACGAUGAUCCUGCUGCUGCAGGGAACCAUGGCGGCCAUUAA